AUGACGGCUGUGUGGAGUCAGAUCAGGCCAUUCAUUGGUAGAGGCUGCCCAGGAAUUCACUCUCUUCUUAACAAACCCAUUGGCCCAGCUGCAGAAGGUCAUUACAGUGAGGAGGACAUCAUCUGGAGAAGCCUCUAUGAGAAGAUUCCUCCAAGUCCUCCUGCUCCUCUGCUCCCUGGGGGAGGGACACACAGCACCGGCCUGCAGGCUCCAAAGCUGGGACAUGGAGUCAUUCUCCCAACCCGGAGAUGUUCUUAUUGGGGGAGUGUUUGUCAUCCACUCUGGCUUUCAACUCCAACGGCCAACUUUUCAGGAGAUGCCCCAGCCAGCUUCAUGCAAGGAAUGAUGAUGACGAUGAACCAUGACUAUGAUAAUUAUCCUGUAUUUUAUCUCACACCAGACACAUACUUAGUAGACAUUAAUAGAAAGUUCUGUAUCAGGUUGUUUGCGUUUAUGUAUUUCAGCUUCCAGAUCCGAUAUUACCGUGAUGUUCUGGGCCUGAUGUUUGCUAUUGAUGAAAUUAAUACUUCUGCUGAUCUCCUGCCCAAUAUCACCUUGGGCUUCAGGCUGUUUGACUCUUGUACAUGUGAGCUCAGGGCAACUGCUGGCGCUCUAUCUGUGAUGUCAGAGAUGAGGAAUCCGGCUCCCGGAUAUGACUGCCAUGUGCACUCUUCUGUGGUUGGGAUUGUUGGAGAACUGUUCUCUGCCCUCUCUCUGCCCAUUGCCAGGGUACUCGGGGUCCUACAUGUCCCACAGAUCAGCCACGGAUCAACCCUCUCAGCUCUGAGCAACAAGAGGAACUUUCCCUCGUUCCUCCGCACUGUGCCCAGUAACAUGUUCCAGAACGUGGCUCUCCCCCGCCUCAUAGGCCUCUUUGGCUGGACCUACGUAGGGAUGCUGGUUGUGGACAAUGAUGUUGGAGAGCAAGGGGGGCAGGUUAUUAAGGCUGGGAUAGAGAAGUCUGGCAGUUGUGUAGCAUUUCUGGAGAAGAUCCACUUGAGCUACUCCAUGGUUCAGAUACAAAGGGUGGUGAAUGUUAUCAAAAAGAGCUCGGUCAAUGUAAUUGUUCUUCACAGCCCUGAGGUCCAUGUAAAGGUUCUACUGGAUUCAUUGUAUGAUGAAGGGCUGACACACAAAAUCUUAAUUUGCUCAGCUUCCUUCGCAUUCAUACCGGGUAUUUUCUCCAGAAAGGCAUGGAAAGUCUUAAAUGGGACGAUUGGAUUGAUUCCUAACACAGGCCCAAUGCCAGGCUUUGAGCAGUUCCUCAGUUCCCUCCACCCAUCGAGAUCCAAUAAAUACCCCUUGAUAAGGACACUCUGGGAGAAAGCUUUCAGCUGCCGAUGGCCGAGGGGAGAGACACAGGAGAACCAGACAAACCUGCCAGGGUUACUAGCACUUUGCACGGGGGAGGAAGACCUGAGAGGGUUGAUCCCUUGGUUAUUUGAGAUGAAUGACCUCAGUUACACGUAUCAUGCCUACCUGGCAGUAUAUGCUUACGCCCAGGCUCUGCACACACUGCUCAUAUGCCAGGCGCCCACCAACAAUUCUCUAUACAGAAUGUGUGCCAAUGUCAGGGACAUGACACCAUGGAAGGUCCUCAACUAUGUGAAGAAAACCCAUUUCAGCACUAACACAGGGGACCCAAUAUCAUUUAAUUCUGAUGGUGAUAUGCCAGCGGCCUACGAUAUUGUGAAUGUGCAGAUUGUGAAUGGCAGUUUUAAUCUGGUGAAAGUGGGGAGGUUUGACUCCGAAGCCAGAAAUGGCAACACGAUCCUUCUUGAUAUCAGCUCCAUAAUGUGGAACGAGAGAUUUACCCAGGUGCCCCCAUCCAUGUGCAGCAGUAGUUGCCACCCAGGUUCCUGGAAAGCCACUCGGAGAGGUCAGCCUAUCUGUUGCUAUGACUGCAUCCCGUGCUCUUUGGGUGAGAUAACCAACACUACAGAUGCAGCCGAAUGCUUUAGAUGCCCCACUGAGCAGUGGUCCAAUGAAGAGCGGAGUAUGUGUGUUCCCAAAGUGAUAGAAUUCCUCUCAUAUCAGGAGCCAUUGGGAAUCUUCCUCACUAUCACAGUCAUCCUCUUCUUCCUCAUAACUCUUUGCAUCCUCUUCAUCUUCAUUAAAUACCAGAGAACCCCAAUAAUCAAGGCCACAAACAGGGAACUGAGUUUCAUCCUUCUGGUGUCCCUCACCCUGUGCUUCCUCUGCUGCCUCAUCUUCAUUGGUUCCCCUUCCCCAAUUACUUGCCCCCUACGACAGACCCUUUUCAGUGUGGUUUUCUCUAUCAGCAUCUCAUCUGUCCUGGCUAAGACCAUCAUGGUGAUUCUGGCAUUUAAAGCCACCAAAGUGGACAAUCCCCUGAGGAAAUGGUUGGGACCAAAGAUCCCUCGUACGGUGGUGGCACUUUGCACCAUGAUACAGGUUGACAUUUGUAUCGUUUGGCUUCUUCUCUCUCCACCUUUCCCACAACUGAACCCAGAGAUUGAAAGGCACAAACUGAUAUUUGAAUGUCACGAGGGGCAAAGCCUUUUCUUUUAUGUCACUUUGGGGUUCAUGGGCUUCCUGGCAAUGGUCAGUUUCUUUGCUGCUUUCCUGGCACGGAACCUGCCCGGGAGCUACAAUGAGGCCAAACUCAUCACCUUCAGCAUGUUGGUCUUCUGCAGCGUCUGGGUCUCCUUCAUCCCGGCCCAUCUGAGUACCAAGGGCAAAUAUACUGUAUCCGUACAGAUAUUCGCCAUAUUGGCCUCCAGUGCGGGGCUCCUGGCCUGUAUAUUUGUUCCCAAGUGCUAUAUUAUACUGCUCAGGCCCGACAGGAACAGCCGGCACCAGUUAACUAGCAGAAAAAGAAUAAGGCCAGUUGGUUAA